AUGAAGUGCAGACGCUGGACAACUAAACCAUUCAAAUUACCAACUAUGGCUGAUCUUCCAGCAUCUCGGACCACAAGAUCAAGACCCUUUGCGCGAGUAGGACUAGACUAUUUAGGUCCUGUGAAUAUCAGGAGUGAUAAUGGGCUAACAAAAAGAUGGGUAGCACUAUUCACAUGUUUCACAACAAGAGCUGUACAUCUAGAAGUAGUAAAACUCUUUCAGCCGAAAGCUUUUACAUGUUUUCAGAAGAUUUACAGCAAGACGAGGCUUUCCAGAAUUAAUCUUAAGCGACAACGCUGGUCAAUUCCAGUUAAUUUUUAA